AGGAUGAGAGAACCUGGUUACAUAUACGUUUUCCUUUUACAGGCAUUGGUACCGUUUCCUUUCCCUUUGCUAACUCUCUUCCUUCCCAGCCUACCUCACACUAUUGCUACGGUACGAGGAGCGACAUUUUCUAUUAUGUAUUCACCUCACAUUAGACAUACAUUCAACUCACUUCUCACGUGGUUCUAUUUACGUUCUCUGGCUCUGCAGGUGACCCAUUCCUUGCCUUCUCGGUAGCCUCACUGGCAUUGACGGCAGACCCUGAAAUAUUUUCCCACUUUCUCCCUGUCUGUAUCUUUGCAACAAACAGCUGACGAUCGUUAGCACGGGGAUGACCUUGGUGAACUGGAUAUAAAAGGAACGCACAACUUUCUCCAAGCCAGUACAUAUCUUGGUGCAGCAUUAGUGAUCCAUAAACUCGGCCAUGCUCGGCGUUGACAACCAAGCCUUUGAUGGCGCCAAGGAAGAGAGAAGCAAAGGUUCAAACAUUCUAAAGAAUGGCAAGUUUGAUGGGAAGUCUAGCAAGGAGGGAAGCACCGAGGCGGUUCCCGAAGAGUCACUGGAUCAUGACCCAAAAGUAGCGCGGAUCAUCCUCAAGAACAUUAUUAUCAUCUCCAUCGCCUUCACCUUCCUCUUCACCGCCUUCAACUCUAUGGUCAACCUGCAGUCUUCCAUCAACAAGACGGUCGGCACGGUGUCCCUGGCGACAAUAUAUGCAGCACUUGUGGUGUCAUGCUGCUUCCUGCCGUCACUGCUCAUCAAGACACUCAAGACUAAGUAUGUGAUGGCAGUCUGCAUGCUGGGUUACUCUUCAUACAUUGCCGCCCAGUUCCAUCCGACACUGGAAACAAUGGUGCCCACAGCCAUCUUAUUGGGACUCGGUGCCGCCCCGAUGUGGUCAGCCAAGUGUUCUUACCUCACCCAGGUGGGGACCAAGUACGCGGAGCUGACGGGGCAGGACAAGGAGGUGGUUAUUACUCGAUACUUCGGUAUUUUCUUCCUCUUCUUCCAGUCGACUCAGGUUUGGGGCAACCUCAUCUCCUCCUCAGUGUUGUCAACGGAUACGGGGGUGUUAAACAAAACGGAUGAAGAGCUGGAGACAUGUGGAUACAAUUUCUGUCUCGCUACACAAAAUGCUACUAACGGCGAUGACGGGAUUCCUAACUGGCAGAGAUACACCAUGGCAAGCAUCUACCUAGUGUGUGCACUGCUGUCUUCAGUCAUCAUUGUAGUGUUCGUCGAUCCUCUCAGAAGGUUCGUGGACAAGGAGGAGACAGCUGCCACAGAGGGCAAAUCGCCGAUCCAGCUUCUGAUCGCCACCUUCAACCACAUGCGUCACCCGUACCAGCUGCUAAUCAUCCCCCUCACCAUCUGGUCGGGCGUGGAACAAGGCUUCUUCCAAUCUGACUUCACCGCCGCAUACGUGUCGUGCGGCCUCGGUGUGCACAUGGUGGGUUACGUGAUGAUCUGCUACGGCGUGUGUGACGCCCUGUGCUCCAUCUCCUUCAGCCCGCUGGUCAGACUGGUGGGUCGCGUCCCCGUCUUCAUCGUGGGCGCGGUCAUCAACUACGGGGUCAUCAUUACUCUCAUAAAGUGGCGCCCUCACCCUGACGACACGGCCAUAUUCUUCGUGCUGGCCGGACUGUGGGGCGUGUCGGAUGCUGUCUGGCAGACGCAGAUCAAUGCGUUCUACGGUGUGAUCUUCCCUGGCAAGGCUGAGGCUGCCUUCAGCAACUAUCGCCUUUGGGAGUCCGCUGGGUUCAUAAUCACCUUCGCCUGCAGCACCGUCCUCUGUAUCCAGUCCAAGAUCACCAUUGUGUUGGCGUUCCUCAGUGUCGGCAUGGUGGGUUACUGCAGCAUCGAGAUUAUCGAUAGGUUUGUGGGCAUCAAGAAGGACAGUGACGGGGAGGCGGUGCCCAUCGACAGGCUCGUCACUGGAAAGUAUUAAGGCAAACACCGUCACGACUGACGAGUUCAAGACGGGUCCUCUAGUCAGAAGGGAAGGGUAGUGGCAGACACCCAUAUGUCAUGUCUCUCUUCACCUCCACGAUGUGUGUGUGUGUGUGUGUGUGUGUGUGUGUGUGUGUGUGUGUGUGUGUGUGUGUGUGUGUGUGUGUGUGUGUGUGUGUGUGUGUGUGUGUGUGUGUGUGUGUGUGUGUGUGUGUGUGUGUGUGUGUGUGUGUGUGUGUGUGUAUAAAUGUAGUGUCAGUGAAAUGUAGUAAAAAGUGUCUUGAAACCUUUUUGAAAAGUAUCUUGCCAGUUGUGGGCCAUAUCCUGUAAACACCAUACCAGCUGGCCUAACACUUAUUAAUUUGAAUACAUGCUCUGUAUUUUGUUCAUUUUAUAGUAUCUACUUAUAAUAUCAAUAAAUGUUAACU